CCACUCUCGCUCCUCUCCUCCUCACCACCCUCCCCCAUCCCUCCACACGCAAUGCCCAUCCCCCGCCUUGUUCCCCGUCUCUCCCGCGCGGCCUUCCGCUCCGCGCGCGCGAACAACCGCUUCUUCAACCAGGCGAAGCCCGCCUUCGCCUUCCGUGGCCUCGCGACCGCCGCCCCUGCUGGCUCCAUCCGAUCCGUCAUCGGUGCCGUCGUCGAUGUCCAGUUCGAGCAGGACAACCUCCCGGCUAUUCUCAACGCCCUCGAGGUCCAGGAUGUCGCUGGUGACCGUCUUAUCCUUGAGGUCGCUCAGCACCUUGGUGAGAACACCGUCCGUACCAUUGCUAUGGACGGUACCGAGGGUCUCGUCCGUGGCCAGGCCGUCCUCGACACCGGUGCUCCCAUCACCAUCCCUGUCGGCCGUGGCACCCUUGGCAGAAUUAUCAACGUCAUUGGUGAGCCCAUCGACGAGCGUGGACCCAUUGAGGCCACCAAGUACCUCCCCAUCCACGCCGACCCCCCCUUGUUCGUCGACCAGUCGACCGCCGCUGAGGUUCUCGAGACCGGUAUCAAGGUCGUUGACCUUUUGGCCCCCUACGCCCGUGGUGGUAAGAUUGGUCUCUUCGGUGGUGCCGGUGUCGGCAAGACCGUCUUCAUCCAGGAGCUCAUCAACAACAUCGCCAAGGCCCAUGGUGGUUUCUCCGUCUUCACCGGUGUCGGUGAGCGAACCCGUGAGGGUAACGAUUUGUACCGUGAGAUGAUCGAGACCGGUGUCAUCAACCUUGAGGGUGAGUCCAAGGUCGCUCUCGUCUUCGGACAGAUGAACGAGCCCCCCGGUGCCCGUGCCCGUGUCGCUCUUACCGGUCUUACCGUCGCUGAGUACUUCCGUGACGAGGAGGGACAGGAUGUGUUGCUCUUCAUUGACAACAUUUUCCGUUUCACCCAGGCCGGUUCGGAGGUGUCUGCCCUUCUCGGACGUAUUCCCUCCGCUGUCGGAUACCAGCCCACUUUGGCCACCGAUAUGGGUCUCCUCCAGGAGCGUAUUACCACCACCCGCAAGGGUUCCGUCACCUCCGUCCAGGCCGUCUACGUGCCCGCUGACGAUUUGACUGAUCCUGCCCCCGCCACCACCUUCGCUCAUUUGGACGCCACCACUGUGUUGUCCCGAGGUAUCUCUGAGCUUGGUAUCUACCCCGCCGUCGAUCCCCUUGACUCCAAGUCGCGUCUUCUCGACGCCGCUGUCGUCGGCCAGGAGCACUACGACGUUGCCAACCAGGUCCAGCAGACCCUCCAGGCCUACAAGUCGCUCCAGGAUAUCAUUGCCAUUCUUGGUAUGGAUGAGUUGUCUGAGGCUGAUAAGCUUAUUGUCGAGCGUGCCCGUAAGAUCCAGCGUUUCUUGUCGCAGCCCUUCACCGUUGCCCACGUCUUCACUGGUAUCGAGGGUGCUCUCGUCCCCCUGAAGGACACCGUCAAGGCUUUCAAGGAGGUCUUGGAGGGCAAGCAUGACCAUCUUCCCGAGGCUGCUUUCUACAUGGUUGGUGGUAUCGAGGAUGUCAUUGCUAAGGGUGAGAAGCUCGCCGCUGAGGCUGCUUAAGCGUUCUAUAGUUUGUUCUAUAGUACACUGAGUACUUCUCUUUAGAAUUUUACCUUUAUAGCAUUGGAGUCUUUAUUACAGAAGAGUCUUAUAAGAAGAGAGAUGGUAAACUCUAGUUACAUUUCUGUUCUUGAGGACUUCUUGAGAAAUAGCGGACAGGUAGAGAGAUGUAAUUUUUGUCUUUAUUUAUCUUGAAUCAAAAAAUUUGAUAUUAUGUUUUAUUAUUAU